AUGCAGUUGAGCAAUCCCUAUCCCAUUCGAAGCCCUUUAAACCACAAUAAUGACGAAGACCAGAGAGAUUAUUCGUACACCAACCCCUUAGACGCUUCGGGAUCAAACUUUCCUUGCAAAGGCUACCAAAACGACGCGUUCAAGUCUGUCGCGACCUACGUUGCGGGCAGCCAGUACGAUAUGUCCCUUACUGGGACUGCUACGCACGGUGGCGGUUCUUGCCAAUUGUCCCUAUCUUACGAUACUGGCAAAACUUUUACCGUGAUUCAGUCACUGGAAGGCGGAUAUGCUCCUUCUGGUAAGGCUUUGUUUGCCUGGUCGUGGUUCAAUAAGAUUGGUAAUCGCGAGAUGUACAUGAAUUGUGCACAGGUGACUAUCGAAGGAGAUUUAAGCAAGGUCUUGAAUGCCCGUGACACGAUAGCUUCUCAUACCGCGACUCCUUUCAGCUCUCGUCCACCAAUGUUUAUUGCCAAUGUCAAGGGACCUGGUGGAUGUACAACAAUUGAGGGCCAGGAAGUCAACUUUCCCUUUCCCGGACCUGAUGUUGUUGGUCGUGUUACGGGGACCGGAUAUACCUGCAUCGGAUCUUCUUAG